AUGCCAAAUUUUAAGAUCUAUGUUAUAUACACGGCUAAAAACCAAGGUAAUAUAUCCAUGUUUGGCAUAAAUGCUGGAAAACAAUGUGUUGCCAUGUCAAUUUAUGCUAUUGUAUACAAUGAAAUAAAAUCUGUUAAUAUUUGGGAUACACCACUUAUGAACAUGCUUCUAAUUAAUGCAAACAAUCUUUACGCCAUAAUUAGUCAGCACAUUCAAAAAGAUUUCUUGUUGCUCACUGAUGUUCCUGAAAUAUUGUCUAUCAACAAUGAUACUUUUAAUUUGGAGUACAGCGACUCUUUUUCUGGAGCUUUAUGGAUGGAUCAAGGCAACGAACCAUAUGUCACACUUGAACAUGCUUUUCAUGAAGUAUUUGAUGCUGGUAAUUAUAAAGCAUGUUUACUUACUAUUCAAGCAAACACUGUUGCAGUUUUAAUGCCUUUCCCAGAUGUAUUUAAAGUUUUUGAUUCUCAUUCACGAGAUAUGCAUGGAAUCCCAACGGCAAUGGGUUAUAGUGUUUUAGUUUCUGUUGAAGGAAUUCAAAACCUUGUGAGUUUUUUUCAUCACAGUUGUAACUAUCAUGGACAAGAUACUCCCUUUGAAUUGAAGGGUGUUAAAUGUCAUAGAAACAUUUCAUUGUCAAAUACUUUGAAUAACACAGUGAAUGAACAGAUAAACACAACAUCAAAUAACCAUGAGAAAUGCAGUCAGAAAAGACAAAGUGAGACAAUUACAAUCCGAAAAAGCAAUCAACGAACAAAACAACAAGAAAAAGAAAAUAGACUUGCAAAGCAAAGAGAGAAAAGACAACAAGAGUCUGUUGCAGAGAGAGAAAAUAGACUUGCAAAGCGAAGAGAGAAAAGACAAGAGUCUGUUGCAGAGAGGGAAAAUAGACUUGCAAAGCGAAGAGAGAAAAGACAACAAGAGUCUGUUGCAGAGAGGGAAAAUAGACUUGCAAAGCUAAGAGAGAAAAGACAGCAAGAGUCUGUUGCAGAGAGGGAAACUAGACUUCAACACCAGCGAGAAACAAAAAGGUUGAAAAGGCAAAAUGAGACUGUCGAACAAAGAAAACAAAGAUUGGCAAAAGCACGACUUAAUUAUAAAGCAAAUAAAAGAAGAUGUUCUGGAAAAAACAAAUCAUGUCCACCAUCAGGUUCUCAAGAGCAUCACAGUAAUGAUAACAGUGUAUCACAUAAUAGUGUAUCACAAUUGAUACAUAAAUUCCAUAAAUCUGUAUCAACAGGUCCUCUGUAUAUUUGUUCGUGCUGUGAUCAAUUAUGGUAUAAACAUAGUGUUUGUCCAGCCGAGAGACUUCGAUUGUCCAAUCCAAAUUCUACUAAACAUCUACAAGGUAUUAAAAGUGUGAAUGAUAUUGAAUGGCUGUGUUUGACAUGUGACAAACAUCUUAAAAAGAAUAAAGUGCCACCAUCUGCAAUUUCAAAUGGCUUGAAGUUUCCAGAAAAACCUCAUUUCUUUGAUUUAAAUGAAUUGGAAUGCAGACUUAUAGCUCCAAGAUUGGCAUUCCAAAAAAUAAUGCAAGCUCCCAGGGGAGGGCAACUUAAAAUUACUGGUAAUGUUGUGAAUGUUCCAGCAGAUAUAUGUAAUACUGUUAACAUGAUACCCAGGUUACCACAAGAUACUGGGACUAUUAAAGUUCAAUUGAAACGUCGACUGCAAUAUAAGAGUUCUGCCUUGUCUUUGAAUGUCAGACCUAAUAAAGUGAUGCAAGCUGCAGCUUGGUUGGUAAAUACUAGUGAACUAUAUCAAGAACAAGGAAUAACAUUUGAUCAGCAUUGGUUAUCAUACUUUGAUGUUACAAUACCUAAUAGUGACAAUGAAAAUACUACAGUUGAUCAAACUAAUUCAACAUCAGAAGAUGAAUGGAGUGAAGACGAAGCAGAAAUUCCUGCAGGUGUAACAGACAGUAUGCUUACACCUACUGAUUUUGUAGAUGAUACUGAAAGACAACAUAUAUACAAUGUUGCACCUGGUGAAGGUAGUAGACCGCUCAGUAUAUUUAGAGAUCAGUAUUCAGAGGAACUAGCUUAUCCAGGAAUAUUCUUAGGUCAAAAGCGGCCAGAUGAGAAGCAAAGAUUAACUCGUGUUCAUUACAGUGAAAUAUGUAAAUCAGAACUUAGACGAUCUGAUCGAAGAGCUGCAAUGUGUAUUGAGAACAUAUUUUUUAAAACUAAAAAAAUGCAGAUGAAGUUAUUGCUGGGGCAAUCUCAGCUUGCUAUUCGCAAGUGUAAAAUGGGAAACAGAACACUUACUGCUGGUGAGUUAAAAACACCGGAAGGUUUAACAAAUCUCAUUUGCCAUGAUGAAGGAUACAAAUUUUUAAGAGCUUUGAGAGGUUCCCCACCUUACUUUGAAAAAGCCAAAAAGGAUUUGUUUGCUAUGAUUCGGCAGUUAGGACCUGCAUCAUUAUUUUGUAGUUUUUCAUCUGCUGAAACAAAAUGGAAUCAUUUAAUUUUUUUAUUUUUUUAUUUCGAUAUGACAAAAAGAAAAAUUAAAUUACAAACGUACAAAUACCACACAUAA